GGAGCUGACGGGUGGGUUGCAGGAGAAACAGGGGGAGGAGGAGGAGUUGUCCAUGUGGGUUUUACACCCCUGAGUAGUGUGAUGGUUGCAGCUGGAAAUCUAAGCAGACCAAAGACGUGGUUUACAGAAUCCUAGAAUUGGGAGGGACCUCAGAAAUGAUUUAGCCCAACAUUCCAGCUCAGCGGAAGGUCUACCAGAAUGUCUGUGACAGCUGACCAGCCAGCCAGCUGAAAGACCUUCAAGCUCACCACUCCAUAGGUCAGCCAGUUGCUUUGGCUGGCAGCUGGCACAGUCAGGAUCUUCCAGUUUGAAGUCCAAAGCUGAAGGAAAGCAAAGUAAGGGUUCUCCGCGUUUCUCCUGCCUGCCACCCCGGGGCCAGCAUGGCAGUUCAAGGAGGCUACACCAUCCUCAUCAUCCCGCUGGGAACGGCCCUCAGCAAUCUCCAUGCCUUGCGCUUCUUUCUCUGGAUGAAGCAGAUGCAGCAACUGGAACGAGAACGGGAUGCUUUGUUGCAAGGCCUGGAAAUGGUUAACCAGGUACGCGACUGGUUACAGUGCCACCUGCUGGAAGCUCAAAAACGCCAGAAGCACAUGGGAGCCCAGGCGGUAAGUCAGGACGGGCGGCCUUUUUGUCUGCCACGAUUGUGGUGGGUCAUCAGGCACAAGCGGGGCAUCGCAAGCAGGGCUCCAAUAAAGAACACGUGAUUGCUGGGCCAAGUGCGGCCUGAUGCGGCUCUAAGGUGGAUGAUCGCCAACCUCCCUGUGAGUAAUAACAAAAACACACAGAAAUUGGCUUUGUACAAACACACCCUAAA